UGGUGGGAGGCCCAAUGUCAGUCGCGGGCCUUCCGCGGAGGGACGGUUGGGCCCCACAGGUGGAGGAAACCUGCGUCAGAUUUCACGGCUAGCGCUUUCCUUCGUGGAGCCACUUUCCGUUGGACCCGGUUGAGAGUUAAAGAAAGCAAGUAAACGCAUGACCUGCCAUAAGCGGUAUAAAAUCCAAAAAAAGGUUCGAGAGCACCAUAGAAAAUUGAGAAAGGAGGCUAAAAAACGGGGUCAUAAGAAACCUAGGAAAGACCCAGGAGUCCCAAAUAGUGCUCCAUUUAAGGAGGCUCUUCUUCGGGAAGCAGAACUAAGAAAACAGAGGCUUGAAGAACUAAAACAGCAGCAGAAACUUGAUAGGCAGAAGGAACAGGAAAAGAGAAGAAAACUUGAAACUGACUCUGGUGUUAUGCCGUGUAAUGAGGAACCUAUGAAGGAGGAUUUUGGGCAAUGUGAAAAUAAGAACAAAGCCAAAUCCAGCAAACAGAAUCCAAAGAAAUUAUACUGUCAGGAACUUAAAAAGGUGAUUGAAGCCUCAGAUGUUCUGUUAGAGGUAUUGGAUGCCAGAGAUCCUCUUGGUUGUAGGUGUCCCCAGGUAGAAGAGGCCAUUGUUCGGUGUGAACAGAAAAAGCUGGUACUUGUAUUAAAUAAAUCAGAUUUGGUUCCAAAGGAGAGUUUGGAAAACUGGCUAAAUUAUUUAAAGAAAGAAUUGCCUACAGUGGUGUUCAGAGCCUCAACAAAUUUGAAGGACAAAAGGAAGACAAUCAAGGUAAAGAAGAAAGCUCGUUCAUUCAAGAGUGAAGUCUGCAUUGGGAAAGAAUCCCUUUGGAAGCUUCUUGGAAAUUUUCAGGAAUCUUAUGGCAAAGCUAUUCAGGUUGGAGUAAUUGGUUUCCCAAAUGUGGGAAAAAGCAGCAUCAUCAAUAGCUUAAAACAAGAACGGAUAUGUAAUGUCGGUGUAUCUAUGGGGCUUACAAGGAGCAUGCAGGUUGUCCCUCUGGACAAACACAUCACAAUCAUAGACAGCCCAAGCUUCAUUGUGUCUCCACUUAACUCUGCCACUGCACUUGCCCUGAGAAGUCCAGCCAGUAUUGAAGUACUAAAGCCAGUGGAGGCUGCUAGUGCCAUCCUCUCCCAGGCUGAUACUCGACAGAUAGUUCUGAAAUUUACUGUCCCGGACUUUAAGGACUCUCUGGAAUUUUUCACUUUGCUUGCUCAGAGAAGAGGAAUGCACCAAAAAGGUGGAAGCCCAAAUGUGGAAGGUGCUGCCAAACUGCUGUGGUCAGAGUGGACAGGUGCCUCCUUAGGUUACCAUUGCCAUCCCCCUGCAUCCUGGAGUCUCUCUCCACAUUUCAAUGAGAAUAUUGUAACAUACAUGAAAUGUGGCCUUAAUCUGGAACAACUGGAAAAGAACAAUGCACACAGCAUUCAAGCCAUUAGAGGCCCCCGUUUAGCCAACAGCAUCCUUUUCCAGUCUUCGGGUCUGACACAUGGUAUAAUAGAUGAAAACGACAUAGCUGAAGAGUUGCCCAAAUGGAUAGAGAGGAAGCAGGAGAGGGAGAACUCCAAAGACAUUGAUAACGACCUUGAAAGUGUUGAAGAAGCUGAUGAAAAGAGCUCAGACAUUUCCCCUGCAGAAAAGGCCUGCGAGGUACUGCCCAAGGAGUCCAAAGCAGAUGAGCGGACCAUUCAGUCUUUUGUCUUGGAUAAAAUGACUGAAGAAGAAGAUGCAUAUGACUUCACUACAGACUAUGUAUAAACAGAACCUGGUCCUUCAUAAGGACUUAAAAAACCAUUUUGACCAGACUGCUAAGCUGGUGUGUGUGUGUGCCACUUUGGUAUGAUAUGAAAACCUGUAAAUAUUGUGAAUAUGUAUUAUGUUCAUUAAAAAAUACUGAGCAAUUUAGAAGUUGCCUGAAUUCUAUAAAAAGACAAUUUCUCACAAUCAGUACACUUUUGGUUAGAAGAAAUAGCCUGGAAGCAGAAAAUCUGAUACCUUUUGAAAAGUAGUUUUUCCUUUAUUUACAGGUAACAAAAUUAAAACUGAGUGUAGUGUUAUACCAGUAAUAUCAGUCCAUUCACUUCUGGUCAUUCAGCAUUGUAGUAAACAAACAUUUGGUAAGGCAGAUGGAAACGCGCUUAUAGUCUGGGGAGCUGAUGGCCAGACGAGACAGUUUGUCCUCUUCCCCCAGCUGAAAGAUCUUAUUUUCCAUGGGUUGCUGCAUAUAGGCAUUGAAGCCUAGCAACUGAUACUUCCCACACAUACCGUCUCUUCCAGGAUUUCCUGAGAAAUGCAUACAGCAUAAAUUCUAUUUUAUUUUUGAGAUCUCCAUAUGUCUUCGAAUUAGGCUGAAUUUGCCUGUUGGGUCUGGAAUAUACCAUUUUUCCCAGACAUCAAUAUAAGAAGCAGUUCUUCCCCAUGGCUUAAAGUGUCCAUUCCAGUGGAGUAACUUGGCUGCCUUUACAAACUGGGGUGAGUAUCGUUUUCCAGCACUAGAACCUUACAUUGAGAAAAAAGAACCAAAUGAUCAUUAAAAAGAACCAAAUGAUAGUAGUACUAACAAACACAAAACAAUGCCACAGAAGACUAGGGAAAAAAUAAAUACAUCCUUGCACUAGUUCUUUAGAGACUUCAUUAGUCUUAGGCCUUUGGCUAAUUAUGUCUACUUACCAAGGUGGCGGACAUUCCACAUAGGGUCAAUGGUGGAGUGCUGUUGAUAAAAUACGAUGAGCAGAGGAGGUGUUGUGAUGCUGCCAGCCAG